AUGUUUACUACUCCACAACAUAAAGUUGAAGGAAAAUCUACAAAUCUACUUCGGAGUCUAAAAUCUGAAAAUGAAAGGAAGAUUCUGUUUGAUUUGUAUCCCGAGCUGUUCGAAAAGGACGAAGCUUUUGAAAAGCGCCAAAUUGCUGGUGGUUCAACAAACCAGGAAAAACGACGAAGGCCAAAAAUUGAUCCUAAAGAAGAAUUUGAUAGUGAUAGAAGUAAUGACGAUGAUAAAGAAAACACGCCACCGCUCGGCUUAAGCCGUCAUGUUCGAACUCAGAAUGUCAGUGAUAGAAGCCCUGAAUCCAGUGACGACGACUUUGAAGAAUACCUUAAAAAGUUGAGAAAUGAUUCCGAGCCAGCAAAGUCCAAAACUCCUCCUAGAAAAGCCGCACCAACCAAAUUUGUCGUUGAUGAUGAUUAUAUCAGUGAAGAUGAAGACAUUAAUUUCGAUGAUGAUGAAGAUGAGAGCUUCACAUCGCCUUCUGACGAAUCUGAUCGGGAAAAUCAUGAUGUCCGCAGAAAAAACGAAAAAAUUGCAAAGCCACCAUCUGACGACGAUGAACAUUUUUUGAUCUCACUAACUGAAAGUUAUAAAGGCAGAAGACACGCGGAUGCUGAACCCUUUGUGAAACCCGGGGCAAUGCGUCAGAAAAAGAAUAGAGAAAAUUUGACGAAAAAAUUAUUCGAUAUUUUUAAGGAACGAUGUUUCAGCGAGAUUCCGGACUCUCUUUUGAAAAUCGAAUGGAACUCUCGUCUUCGAAAAUCGGCCGGUCAGUGUCGAAAUCAUUCUCUCGGAUCGAGUACCAUCGAAAUGUCGACCGUCGUGUGUACCACGGCUGAACGAGUUCGAGAUACUCUUGUGCACGAAUUAUGUCAUGCGGCUGUUUGGAUUGUCGAUAAACUCUACAAAGAAGGACAUGGUCCUGGAUGGAAGAAAUGGGCUCGUCAAUGCAUGCGCGAAUUCAAAUCUUUGCCCAUGAUCGAGCGAUGCCAUAGUUAUGAGAUUGAAGCCAAAUUUUUUUAUGUUUGCGAAAAUUCCUAUUGUGAGCAAACAAUAAAACGACAAUCAAAAUCUCUGGACAUGGAUCGAAAAAUUUGUGGUCGAUGUAAAGGGAAAUUCAUUCUUUAUCGAUUUGAUAGAAGAACCAAUCAGCGUGUUCUCGUCGGCGGCUCUGAUCCUAUAAUGGAAAAAUUAUCAAUGGUGUACAAAGCACGCAAGUUACAAGAUUAA